GUCUUCUCCAUCCGGGAAACAAAUCCCACCGACCUUGAUAGAUUGCCUCCUACCCCUCCCCUUCCGUCACCAGCCAGCCAGCUCCGGCCAAAUCCCGAUCGCGAUGAACACGUCGCAGUUCAUGGACAAGCAGAUCCUCGGGCUCGCGGCGGCGGGCGCGGCAUCGUCGCCUCCCUCCGGUGGCAGCGGCGGCGGCGGCGGCGGCCAGCUGUUCGAUCUGAUGGGCCCCAACCCGCAAGAGGACGACGUGGUGGAGAGCCACGACCUCCACGCGCGCCGCGGCGCCAGUGCCACGGAGGAGGUGAUGGUGCCCAGCUACGACUUCCAACCCAUCCGCACCGCCGCCGCCACCGCCGUAGCCCCAGCUGCCCCUGCCCCGGCCGCGGCGAACGCUUGGGGGUCGCUCGACGCCAAUGCCGCGUCCCCCAAACUUCAGAGUGCUGCUAUGAUGGAGCCUCGUGUGCUGAAGAAAGUUAGUCAUGAAGAAGAAAGGAGCAACUUCAAUGCAGUCACUAUAGCAGAUAUUGAUCGCACCAUGAAGAAAUAUGCUGAUAACUUGCUACAUGCAAUGGAAGGUGUAAGCUCCAGACUUGCACAGCUGGAGGGCAGAACACACCAUCUUGAGGACUCUGUUGGCGAGCUGAAGUUAACAGUUGGUAACUACAAUGGCAGCACUGAUGGAAAACUGAGGCAAUUUGAGAACACACUGCGGGAGGUUCAAGCAGGUGUGCAGAUUUUGCGUGACAAGCAGGAAAUUGUUGAGGCCCAGGUUCAACUUGCGAAGCUUCAAGUGUCUAAAGCAGAGGAUGUUGAGUCAGAAAAUGCCAGUGCUGGGCAGGUGGACUCAAGGCAGCAGCCGACUGCGCCCCAGCCAACUGUUCAACCACAACAUCAGGCCUAUCCUCCUUCCCAACCAACGGCACUGCCUGCCCUUCCUGCUCCAAAUGCGCCACCUCCACCAAUGGUUCACAACCAACCUCCGCCGCAAUUCCAAGGUCAUUUACCGCAUCCUCAACUGCAAUCAGUCGCACCUGCUCCAUCUGUGCCAACCAUAUCGCAGGAAUCCUACUAUCCCCCAUCCACACAGACAACAGAGGCUGCACACCAGCAAUAUCAAGCACCACCAGCCUCGCAGCAACAAGCACCUCCAGCAGCACCGCAACAUUACCAGCACCCGCCUCAGUAUGCUCCAUAUUCUCAACCUCCUCCACCUGGAAGUGCUAACCCCCAAACUGCAGCUGCACCCUUGCCCCAUCAGCCAGAAGAAGCAGCACCUUAUGGGCCUCCUGCUCAGAGCUACCCACCGAAUGUCCGCCCGCCGUCCCCUUACAUGCCACCACCCAGUGGACCUGUUCCUCCUUUCUAUGGGCCAAACCCUGGAAUGUACGAGCCUCCAGCAGUCAGGCCUAACUCCGGUCCACCACCGCCCUACAAUGCUGGAUACAAGCAGCAGGGAGGAGGAGGAGGUUUUCCUGAGCAGUAUGGAUACAGUGGGUCUCCUUCUCACCGGGGUAAUGCUGGAAUGAACUCGCCCUCACCCUUUGCCCCCACUGGCGCCUCCUCCGCCGGAAGUGGCAACUACGGCAAGCUCCCUACAGCUCAAAUACUGCCCCAAGCAGCGCCAGUGAGCUCCACCCCGAGUGCCUCGUCCGGCAGCAGGGUGGCGGUGGACGACGUGGUGGACAAGGUUUCGACGAUGGGGUUCUCGAAGGAGCAAGUGAGGGCGACUGUACGCAGGCUGACAGAGAACGGUCAGAAUGUGGACCUGAACGUGGUGCUCGACAAGCUGAUGAACGACACUGAUGCGCAGCCUGCCCAGAGAGGCUGGUUCGGAAGAUAAAGCCCAGCUGCUUAGUCGUGGAGCAGCAUGUGUAUAUGAUCGAUGAGCGAACAGCUAUGGAACCAUUUUGGGCAUUCAUGAGGGAUUUCGUAUUUGUCAGAUUUCUCGUUUGGCUGCUGGAGAUCGUACAGUUAGUGUUAGCUCUUUUGUUCACCUGUUACUUGUGCACUAGUGAUUGCUAUCCAUCGUCAGUGUGACUCGUACUGUGUCUGCAAGUGUUAUUGUCGUCAAGUACUAUUGUUGAUGACCUGUGAAACUUGUUAGAAGGGAGAGAGGGAUUGGUGGAAUAGUUUGAUUGUUUUA